AUGAUGGGAAGUUCCAAGUCGUGUGUUACCUUUCACCGAGGUAUAGUCCGUGGUGCAUUUCUUCGUCGCCAGACUUACUCUACCGCGGCUGUAGAGGAAAGAUCAUUGGAACAAAUGAGUCAAAGAGAAUUACGUGAAAAAGCGGUAGCUGAAGCACUUGCAAGAGAAGAAGAGGCGGCUGCUAAGGCUAAGGCAUUACGUGAAUUGAAGAAUCAAACUAGAGAUUUACUUAGUACUUUGAAUAAAAUACCAUCUACUUUAGUCAACUCCAGAUUACAGAAAUUACAAAGUGAGUUAGACGGCAUUUCAAACCAAGAAAAGGUCAAACAAUUGGAUCAAGAAUUGGAAGAAUUUAUGUUUGAAAAGAUGAACUUGCCACAAUACGAAAUUCAAAAUAGACCAUGGGCUGUUGGACCUAAACAAACCAUUUCCAAUGGUGAACAAGGAAAAGAUGAUAUAUCCACCCAAAUCAAGUCUACCACAUCUAAUUCAUAUACCAAUCAGUUUCCAAACUUAAAGCCAACGCCUGAUUAUAAACCAUAUUCAACACAAGAAUUAUAUUUAAGACAGUUGACGCAUUCCCGUCAAUCUGGUAAUUUAGGUUCCGAAUUAUCUAACAUUUAUAAACCAAGAGACGAAGUCAGAAAGCCUCGUAGUAUUUCAGAGACCACCAUUUCUACAUUAAUGGCUGCCGGGUGCCAUUUAGGUCACGCCAAGGCUAUGUGGAGACCAUCUACUCAGCCAUAUAUUUAUGGUGAAUACAAUGGUAUUCAUUUAAUAGACUUGAAUGAAACUUUAUCUGCGCUUAAUAGAGCAACCCAAGUCAUAAAGGGUGUUGCUGCUAAGGGUGGUAUAAUUUUAUAUGUUGGAACCACCAAGAAUUGGGAACAACAUCGUGCAUUGGAAGAGGCUGCUAAGAGAACCCGUGGUUACUACGUCUCUAAAAGAUGGGUCCCUGGUACUAUCACUAAUUUCACGGAAGUUACUAAACAGAUAGGAGGAGGUAGUAGAAUUGAGGUCGACAUGAUGGAUCAACCUACUGAUCGUAAGUUAGAUGAGGAAACCUCUGGUAACCUCAUCAAGCCAGAUUUAAUAGUCUUAUUAAACCCUGUUGAAAACAGGAAUUGUAUUAAUGAAUGUAUCAAGCAGAGAAUCCCAACCAUUGGUUUAUGUGAUACUGAUAUGGAACCAUCCUUGUUGACCUACCCAAUUCCAUGUAAUGAUGAUUCGAUGAGAGCAUCUUCCUUAAUGACCGGUAUUUUAUCUAAAUCCGCCGAAGAAGGUUUAAACGAGAGAUUAAAUAUUUCCAGGGAAUACAAAUCUGCUCAAUCGAAGUUUGGUAACAAAUUAGCACAAAAAACUGCAAGAAUUGUUAAUUCUAGUAUGCGUUCUGCUACUGCUUAA